GAAGUGGGCCCGCAGCGAAGGAAACUGCGGAAGGGAACGCAAAGCUGUUGGGAGUGCAGGCGACGGAAGAUACGAUGUGUGUUCUCAUCUCACGACGCUGCAUGUACUCAUUGCGGCCAGCGCGGCCUGCACUGCGUAUCUCAGCAUCUUCCCGAUACGGGCCGAGUGUCCCAAGGAACUGACCGAAUUGCCCGCGUCGAGAACCUGGUAGAGGAAGUCCUUGGGCGACUUCAAGUUCCUCCAGCUGCCGAGCAUCGCCCGCCUGAGAAGAAAGCAGAUAAUGAUGGCAGAGGUGCUUCGAACCAUCGUCCAGCUGGGAAAGCAAGGAUGAAUAUGAGCUCUUCCGAACACGUCCGCGAAAUUCGCGCAGAACUACGGUCUAUUCUGCCUAGUGCUCACGAUCUUGCUACCAUUCAAGCCACUCCUUUUGAUGUGCCUGGCUCGCUGAUGGACCUGCCUUAUAUUCAGACUUGCCUUGACGAGCACGGUGGACAAUGUUCCCUCAAGACACUCUUGAGACUUGACAACGUCGAUGCACCCCUAGUCACUCUUUCAAGAUCUAUAUUGAUGCUUAGUUCGAUCCUUCAAAGCCUACCGCAGCAAUCUGCAAAACAGCUGGAAGAUGCUGGCAUCGACUACCUUGAUAUUGAACGGCGUGGAAUCUGGCAGACUCGCCAACAUGUUCUGUAUAACGACGAACUCGUUCAAUCAAGCGACGGCGUCGAGUGCCUCGCCAUCGAAGCCAUGUACUGGAAUUCGGCGGGAGAGCUGCGAAAAGCCUGGCUGGGGAUACGUCGUGCAAUGACAUUCGCGCAAAUGCUUGGUUUGCACAAAGGCAAUCAACGCUUCCAAGGUCGAGAGAACAGUGGUGAUACGCUCUGGUUCUUUCUCGUGUGCUCGGAUCGGUAUCUGUCACUCACGCUCGGCCUGCCGCCGUGUACGGUGGACGACAGCUGGCUGGCUGGCCCAAAAGUCCUCGCUCUAUCGAUGCCCAGGCAGCAGAUGCAGCGAUUGCACUGUGUAGCAUCUGGCCACAUCCUCCAACGGAAGGCAGCUAAUGGUUGGGAUGCAGGAUCCAUAGACUUCGUUGACAGAAUCUUGAAAGAUGCUGCAGCAGCCAUGAGUCCGGAGUGGUGGGCCUUUCCAACCUCUCCUCCCAAAUUGCCUCAAGAUGACGCAGGCUCAGGAGCUGAGCGCCAUCGACUCAUGGAUCAGAUGGUGCACUUCAAUCUGUUAUCAAGAUUGCAUCUGCCAUAUCUGCUUCAAUCGGGAGAUGGUGGCAAGUAUAGUGCACACGGACUUGUGACGAUUAGUGCCAGCCGCAACGUUCUGAUGCGGUACCUCUCGUUCAGAAGCCUCACCACUACUUGCAGCUAUUGCCGAGGUAUCGACUUCUUGAUGUUCCUUGCAGCAGUCACGCUAUGUGUUGCACACAUCGAAGCGUGCCGUUGGAUCCAUAACGAUUCCUCGUCCAUUCUCAGCUUCCUAGAUCACGAGCGUCUUGGGGAUCGUGGGCUCAUCAGUCGAGUACUCGAAGUCGUAAAGCAGCCACCAAAGGAGACGCAAGACAGCAUUGGCGCCCCGAUGGCUGUGGCAAUCGAGCAUCUCCUCCGCUGCGAAGCUCAGGCGGCGGCAGAGGGCAAACUAUUCGCGGUCUACAGGUCAGAGGACAACACCUCUGCAGAUAACAUGAUCAGCGAGUUAAGCCAGGCUGGCGACAGACUCGAUGUAUCGAUACCUUGGAUCGGAGUCAUCAGGGUUGAGCCCAACUACGCGACCGACCAACUCCGAGACACAUCCCACGAGGCCGCACACCAACUUGAGCCUGAUUUAAGCUUCUUUGGCGAUGACUACUCUCUGCAAGGAGUAGAUGUUGCUUUGUUCGAGGAUCUGUUUCGAGGC